ACUUGGCUAGAUACACCUUUUUAAAAUGAGAAUAAAACCUUUUAAAAGUUGGAUUUGUAAAACCAAAUGUGUACAUUUAUAUUAUCAUUAUUCCCAGCUAUCUCAUGUUAUUAUCUGAUUGGUUAUAUGUGCAUGUUCACUUUUUUCCAUGACUAUUUUAAGCCCAUUAAGGCAGAGACUUUAAUAGUAUAGUCUAUUACCUGUGAUAGUAGCUCCAACAAAAUGUAUCAUGGCUCCAAGCACACAUAAGGGCAUGAAAACAUCUUGCUGAUUUGGAUGUUUGACAAACUAUAAUAUGUUACUACAUUUGAGGCUGUGUGUAACUUAUGGCUAAGGCAACAGAGUCUUCUGGUGUCUUUUUUUGUGGGCUCUUGGAGUUGACUGUAGUAGUCUAGCUGUCAGUGUGUUGAAUAAUGGCUCCAAUGCACUUUUGAAACUCUUAAAUCUGGUGACAGCUUAGAUCAUGAGUGGUACAGAGCCAGUCAGUGAAGGGUUCCACCAUUGUCAGCUGUGCCCAUCAUAUGUUCGUUAUCGUGUCCCUGGUAUUAGCACACGAUUUGUGUUAUAGGAAGUGCUCAAUGAAUGUUUGAUGAGAUAAGGAUCUGAAUCUGUUGAUUCAGUUUGAACUCAGUGAUAGCCAGUUACUAGUUUGGCAUCCUGACAGGACAGUUGUUUUUACCCCAAAGGGGAAAACUGUGACCAAAUUUAGCAAAGGUCAGUGUUGCCUCCUGCUUAUGUAAAGAACCAUUUUGUUCUCCCCUGCAAUCUAGCAAAUCCUCUUGUAUUGAAUUAGGCACUCUUGGUUCCAACUGAUUUAUUCAUUCUUUAUUUCAAGAGAGCUGGCAUAUUCUAUGCAUUGAGGUAUGGCUCUGAAUGGAAAAGAGAUCACUGAAGAAGAUGAGUGACUCAAUCCACUCAAUUUAGUACACAUUUAAAGGUCUAUUGCACAUGUUGCUUUGGGAGCAUAAGGGAUACAAGCAAAGAUGAAAACAUGGCUCUUGAUUUCAUGGAGCUAGCUUCACUGUGCACAUGGAAGGUCACUCCCGGGGAGGCCUUGAAAAUUCUCCAUAAGGUGGGCUUAGGCGGUUCAGUCUGGUUAGAAGGAGUUGGCUAGGGGACUUGAGUCUAUCUUUGCAUAGAACACAGUUUAAUCUAGAUUGUAUAUUUAAGGAUGUAUAUUUGGAGAAGGAGGCUGGUAGAGAUUAUUGGGGGGCAGGGUAAAGUUACCCAGAUAUAUGAAGACCCCAGGGAACUAUCCUAAAACAUGUAUGUGAGGGCAGGAUACACCAAGUAUUGGCACAAGAGGUUGAAGAAAGGAACAAUGCCUGAAAGGGUGAUUUGAAGAAAUCUUUUUGUAGAAGUUACACUUCUGGUUGUUCCAGAGAGAGGUGCAGAGGGAUGCACAGGCAUGGAGGGGAGCAGGGUGGAUGGAAGGCCUGUGAUCACAGAAUUCUGAUCAGUUUUGGAGGGCCUGCCAAUGAACCUAAGAACAACUCUUCAUUUUCUUCAGGCGAAGAGUUGUUCAAACAUGUUACGCUGGAGGAAAAUAACUUUGCCCUGCUAGAAUGUGUCCUGCCUUGUGAAAAGAUUAUGUGUAAUUUUACCCGAUCUUAAUGGAUGUAAAAAAAGAUAAGUUACUGUUUUUUGGGGAAUGUUUGUGUAUCUCUAGGGCACAAUGCCUGACAUAUAGAAUGUAUUUAACAAAUGUUUGACAACCUGAACUGAUCUGAGACAAAUUAACUUUUUGCAGGUCAUUUAAAUUUCAUGUCAGAGCAUUUAAAGCAUUUUUUCUUCAAAAAUUAGAAACAACAUUUAUUGUUUCUUGUUAAAAUAUGGCGCUCUCAUGAGAAAAGAGUGUGCAAAAAGAGCCUUCCUUCACCCUUAUCCCAGCAGGCUGGGACUGUCCUCACUGUGUAGGAGGGAAAGUUUUUCACCUACUCUUGGGAAAUUAGGCUGCUCUACUGUAGUUUUACUUUUGAUUACUUGCAUAUGUAAAAAAAACAAAAAACAAAAACAAAAGGCAAAAUCCAACAGCUAAUAGGUUAUCUCUCCCUAGGCAUAUAAGCCCAGUCCACCUGGACACAGAUGUGGGGCUUAAGUCCAAAUUCCCAUGUGCAGCCCAGGAUUAGGUGGUACUUUGGAAAUCAAGUGGGUGUUCCUGGCUAGGGAUUGAAGGCGAUCUCAGCCCCUGGUCAGCUGGUUGAAAACAUCCAAAGUGCCUCCAGUGAGAAGCUGAGAUUACCUCUUUAAUGAGAAACACUUUGGGUGAGGUAGGGCCCACCGUCAACUGGUAGGCAGCAUUCUUGCCACAGGUUGUAUCUGGUCUAGAAACUACUAGAUCUCCAAAUCCUCUUGAAGUCCCUUACAUUGACAAGAAUGAAUUCAAGUUUCAAAAUGACACACCAAGUUAUACAAGGUAGAGGAUGUCAUUAAGGCAAUAGUCUUACCAAGUCCAUGCACAGAGCUCUAAUCCCACCAUCACCCUCCCCUCACUCUCCAAGUCUGCUUAGUUCUACCCACUACUCUUCCUUCUCAGUGACAGUUCCAGCAUCCAGAAGUCUUGAGCAGCCUUCAGCCUCACAAGUUGGGGGUGGCCUAAUUCAGAAACUUCAUGGCAACUUCAAGGCCAAGGAAACAGGCCACAUUGGCUGGGAAGGCUUGGGUCAUCACUGCAUCAGACCCUUUAGAUAAGGAUGUGAUUCCUUCAUCCCAGAUGAGCUCCCUCAGCACAUCUCCAAAACCAUUAGGAUAUUUCCCAGGAGGUACAGUCUGGAAGUGAGACUUGAGCACAUCUCGGGGGAUUGCCACAGCCCAGUUGAAGAUCCCUUCCUGGCAAUGCCCCCAGCCGCCAGGAUUCAAGGCGCACUGAGCUCACGGACCCUCUUUCCUUCAGGAGUGAAGAUAUUUUUUAGCCAUUUAUAUGUUAUGAAUUACAUUCCACUAGCUGGAACAUCUCACAUAAGGGUAAGCACGGUCCCUUUGUAGAUGCCUCGGAUCCCAAACUCCUGGUACAGCUUCUUUGCACAGUCCAAGGUUCCAAUGUACUUGGUUUCCCCUGAAGAAGCCUGAAACUGUAACCAGCACUUGAUGGGUGCUCCAGGGGUCACGAUGCCUGUGGUGAAUGUACCAGAUAACAUACCAGCUGCAAACAGCUGGGGAUAGCUGAGCACAUCCUCUGGGUGUUUCUGUCGUAGUUUCUUCCUUUAACCAAACCCAAAGAAGUACACAGCAAACAUGGGGGUGACACCGAUGAUAGGAGCAGCCAUUCACUGAUAUAGCCCCGUGAUGCCCCUUCUAAGAGUCUUCGGGAGACAGUCCAAGGUCCCAGAGUACAUGGGAGGCUGUCUAGGCAAACUCGGUAGCUGUGUCUGCAGUCGGACCUUGACGGUGUCCAGAGGGUGCCCCAUGAACAGCAGGCACAUGCCACCAAAGCCGCUGGCCAGCAGGUUCUUGAGCGGGCUGAUGGGCUUCGGCUGAUCAGCCAUGGUCAGUCCGCCUAUCUCUGAGUCUGUCAGUUCCUGCGUCCUGGCUCUGCUGCCCCAGCUGCAGCGCCAGGGCCGCCAAUCUUGCAUUUAAAGGCUUCUGCUUGCUAAUUCAUUUUGGUUAAAAAAAAAAUCAUUCUCAGAGAUAGCCAAGGUAAUGGGCAUUUAUGUGUUGUAUAAAUGUGAUAUUAUAUAUAUGUAUAUAUUUGUCCAUGGCUUCUGGUUCAUAACUCCCACAGCCCUCAUUAUAUCCCAAGUGAUAAAAAUGAUAAGCAUAUCUUUUGUUGGGGUAUUUAGCUUUUUUGUCUUUGGUUACUGAAGCAGCUUCAGACAGCUUCAGAGCAAUAAAGGUGAAAAAGACAGUCUUUUAUUGUAAUGUUGGAGCACUUUAGGCCUAAGAAAUAGGUCUCAGAAAAAAGAAUCUCCCUCUCUGAACUUCUGCCCACCUUGUCUCCCCAAGACAAUAGAAACGGAAAAUAUCCUCUUAUCUAACAUCACUCCCACACCUUUUGUCUUGGGGCUGGUCAUAAAGAAAUUCUUUGACUUACGUUGUCUAAUCAUAGGCCAUAAGACCCUCAAUUCAGGAAGGGUCCUCCCCUCUACCCAGGAGGAAGGAAUGCUGUUCAGAGAGGCCAACAAGAAUCUGAACAGACAGGCCUGGCUGGGUUUCCUCAUUCAACCUAUUAAUAUCAGGUUAUACCCUUUUUAUCCAAUCACAUUUGUUUACAGUUUUCCAUGUUGUAAUCAUGUCUGCCCAAUGAAGAUUCCAUAAAAGGCCCAAGAGGAUGGGAUACAAACAGCCUUUGGACCGUUGAACUUGUGGAGGCUCUAAGAAAGAACACAGGCAUACACAGGAAGAUACAUUCACAGAAAGAGCUUCCUGCACAAAGCAAGCAACCAGUGCAACAUGACAGUGAAGACCCUGCAUGGCCCAGUCAUGGUCAAGUACUUGCUGCUGUUGAUAUUGGGACUUGCCUUUCUGAAUGAGGUGGCAGCUAGGAAAAUCCCCAAAGUAGGACAUACUUUUUUCCAAAAGCCUGAGAGUUGCCCACCUGUGCCAGAAGGUAGUAUGAAGCUUGACACUGGCAUCAUCAAUGAAAACCAGCGUGUUUCCAUGUCACGUAACAUCGAGAGCCGCUCCACCUCCCCCUGGAAUUACACUGUCACUUGGGACCCCAACCGGUAUCCCUCGGAAGUUGUACAGGCCCAGUGUAAGCACUUGGGCUGCAUCAAUGCUCAAGGAAAGGAAGACAUCUCCAUGAAUUCCGUUCCCAUCCAGCAAGAGACCCUGGUCCUCCGGAGGAAGCACCAAGGCUGCUCUGUUUCUUUCCAGUUGGAGAAGGUGCUGGUGACUGUUGGCUGCACCUGCGUCACCCCCGUCGUCCACCAUGUGCAGUAAGAGUUGUACAUCCACUCAGCUGAAGAAGCUGUAGAAAUGUCACUCCUUAUCCAGUGCUCUGCAACAAGUCCUGUCUGAUCCCCAAUUCCCUCCACUUCACAGGACUCUUAAUAAGACCUGCAUGGAUGGAAACAGAAAAUAUUCACAAUGUAUGUGUGUAUGUACUAAAUUUUAUAUUUGAUAUCUAAAAUGUUAGGAGAAAAAUUAAUAUAUUCAGUGCUAAUGUAAUAAAGUAUUAAUAAUU